AUGAAUGCUGAUACUUGUGUUUCUUAUUGUGAUCCGGCUGCCAUGGAUUCCUACUACAACGCAGCCUCCCAGGGCACAGAAGGCUCCUCGCCUUUUAGGGCAUUUCAAGCAAGUGACAAGUUCAGCCCUACUUUCCUGGCCAGCAAAGGACAAGGCUUUGGUGACAGCAGCGCUAAGUGCCGGAGCCGCUACAGCCAGCAGGAAUGUCAGUCGCUGGACGGCAGCGUGCAGGCGCCCAGCUCCGCCGGGGCUCCAGCCUCCUUUAGCAAAUACCCACCGCAGCAGCAGCAGCACCUCUACAUGCAGCGAGGCCCCUGCAAAACCCCCCCGGAGAGCAACCUCAAGCUGCAGGAGAGCAGCGGCCACAACGGCGCCCUGCAGGUCCCCUGUUACGGUAAAGAGAGCAGUUUGGGAGAGGCUGACUUGCAGUCAAGCUCCGACCCUUCGGGAAUGGACAGCAGCUACCUCAGUGUGAAGGAGGCCGGGGUGAAAGUCCCUCAGGACAGGGCCAGCACUGACCUCCCUAGCCCCAUGGACAAGGCUGACUCAGAGAGCAACAAGGGCAAAAAGCGGAGGAACCGCACCACUUUCACUAGUUACCAGCUGGAGGAACUGGAGAAGGUCUUCCAGAAGACCCACUACCCAGAUGUCUAUGCCAGGGAGCAGCUAGCCAUGAGGACAGACCUCACUGAGGCUCGAGUACAGGUCUGGUUCCAGAACCGGCGAGCCAAGUGGCGCAAGCGGGAGCGGUUUGGCCAGAUGCAGCAGGUCCGCACCCACUUCUCCACCGCCUACGAGCUGCCCCUGCUCACCCGUGCCGAGAACUACGCCCAGAUCCAGAAUCCCUCCUGGAUCGGCAACAACGGCGCCGCCUCCCCCGUGCCUGCCUGCGUGGUCCCCUGCGACACGGUGCCCUCCUGCAUGUCCCCCCACGCUCACCCCCACGCGGCCGGCGGCGUCUCCGACUUCCUCAGCGUCUCCGGCCCCGGCAGCCACGUGGGACAGACUCACAUGGGCAGCCUCUUCGGCACGGCCGGCAUCAGCCCCGGCCUCAACGGCUACGAGCUGAACAGCGAGCCGGACCGCAAGACCUCCAGCAUCGCCGCCCUGCGGAUGAAGGCGAAGGAGCACAGCGCCGCUAUCUCCUGGGCGACAUGACAGGGUUGUGACCCAGCGCCCUCGAGACGGCAAGCGAGCAAACGAGGACAGCCGAAAAAAUCCAUCCGCUUGGACUCCAGACAGCCAUUUCCUCCUUGGGGAUCUGGAUGCAGCACUUUUAGCUACCCUAGGAAUACAAAGUACAUAUGUUAACGUAAGCGGAGUGUUUCCAGAAUGAACACGGGGAACGUGCAGCUUCCUGGGAGCAGGCAGGGAAAGGGAAGAUGUGGAGCAGCAGCUCUUCCAGCGAGGCUUGGUUCGGGAUGUGUCCUCCGUCACCAUCACCAUCACCAUCCCAGUGA